UGAGCAGGCAGCAGCAUCUCAGACAACACACACACACAGACUCAGACACAGAAAACCAAACAAAGUGCAAUAAUCUCACAAUCAGUGCUAAUCCUUAACAUUUUUCUCCUCCUGCAAACAACAAAAAGGAUUCCCCCCUCAUACAUAUAUUCCACACUAGUGCAAGUGAAAAUUAACCCAAAGAAAUAUAUAUAUAGAAAAUAGCAGAAUGCUAAACAAAAUAUAAUUGAAAUAAAUCAAUGUAAAACCAAAGUGCAAAUUAACAAAGUGUUCAAUAAUAAAAUAAAAUAUAAGCAUCAUCAACAUCAUCUACAACAAUUAGAGGGCUGCAGCCCUGCCCCACAAAUGCAGCAGCCCAGACUGUAGCCAACGAUUUCAACAAUUGGAACAAAAGACUUUCCUCUUUUUGCCAUACUGUGACUGAAGCAAUUAACUGAAAAUGUAGCGUUGGCAAGAACAUGGCCCAACUGGAAGAGCAAAUACCAUGCGAUGCAACUAGCAUAAAUAAACUCAAGAAAUUCCGUGAUUAGGACGUGUUGUACCCUAACGCUCUAAAUGCAGACGAUAUGGGCACAACAUGGCCUCAGCACAGAUACGACAUUUCUAUAACACACCACCACCAACAACAACAACAACAACAAACAAAUCUUCUUUUCCAACAACACGCCAACUCUUACAACAACAACAACAGCACACAAACAACUGCCACAGCAAACGGAAGCAAUUUGAAAACGAAACGUUUCUGUGCCAUCCAACAACACAAAGCAAAUUGGAACCAUCAUCAGCAGCAGCAGCAGCAGCAACAACAACAACAUCAUGGCCGGCAACACUCAAAGCAACAACAGCAACACGAACAGCAACAUCAAGACCAGCAUCAGCACCAGCACCAACAACAGCAACAGAUGAUGUACAAAGGAGCAAAAGUAAAAAAUGUGCAUCAAAAUGGCCCUGGACAAUACAUAAGAUCGCUGCAAGCCAUAUUCCCAGUAUGCUGUCCUCAGAUAGCAAGCAAGGACAGCAAUAUCCUUUCGGUGCUAAUAACAACAACAACAACAACGACAAGAAUAACAACUGCAAUAAUAAUGACAAUGGCGCUCAGCAGCAAUGCAUUUCCAAUGAUGGUGCUGCAGUUGUUGCUGAUGUUUGUGAUGUGGCUGCAUCUACAGGGAUUAUCAAACAAGCUGUCCACAGCCUACACGCACAUUUACCUUUCAAAGUCAAACCAAACUUGGCAACAACUAACAACCAAACAAAAAACAACAACCACAACAACAACAACAACACGAAACAACAACGAAGCAAUGUUGCUGCCGUUGCCACCUCCACUGCCGCCAGCAACAUUUUUAUGGAUAUGCAAAAGUUUGCACGCUCUAUAUUUCCGCUUGUUAUCAUCUUCAAUCUGCUGCCUUUAUUCUAUGCAGAAUGUGAUCAGACAUUUGUGUCGCGCAUUGGCGGACCUCAGAAUGGCAGCUUCUCGGCCCCUUUGCUGCACAAUCAUCGCAAUCAUUCGCGUCAAUGCUUGUACACCUUCCUAGCAGGACCUGGCCAGCGUGUUGAAGUAGUUUUUAAAUCGUUUAAUUUAAGAGGAAGUCCACCAGACGGUUCGGCCGUCGGUGAAUUACCAAGUUGUGUUCAUGAGUACAUGGAUAUAUACUCGGAAGUGCAAUCAUCCGAACCAGCGGAGCUAAUAAAUUCGCCAUUCGGCGGACGAUAUUGUGGGACAAUACCACCGCGUCGUCGCAUUUCCAUGUACCGAGCCGUUGCCAUUUCAUUUUUUAGCAACAAGAAUGUGUCGACGGAUCUGUUCGAGGGCACGUUUAGGUUUAUAAAUGCAUCGGAAUAUGAAAUUGGUAUACCCAUUGCUGGGUCACCAUGUUCCUACACGAUAACGCCUAGCAUGAGUGUCAAUAAAACUGGCGCGCUCAUAUCGCCAACCUAUCCAGGUGCCUAUCCGAAGGAUAUGUCAUGCACAUAUCAAUUUCUUGGCGAAUCGAAUCAAAGAGUUAGAUUAGAGUUUCGUGAUUUUGAUCUGUUUUUUGGUGGACCACACUGCCCAUUUGACUAUGUGAAAGUGUAUGAUGGUCCAGACAAUUCGUCAGCAUUAAUCGGUACAUAUUGCGGACAGCAAAGAAACCUAGUUUUAUAUUCGAGCGAGUCGAGCCUUUUCGUUCAUUUUUUUACAUUACCGCGCACCGCAAAUACACAGAAUCGUGGCUUUAAAGGAAUUUAUGAAUUUAGCGAAAGUUUUGUUAAAUUAGAUUUUAUACGUGAAAAUGAUGGCAUUCACAUACGUGGCUCUGAAUGUGAUCAAAAGAUUUUAUCGAAAAAGGAAUCAACUGGCUUUGUGCUCUCACCUAACUAUCCCUAUCCAUAUAUACCAAAAACUGUGUGUAGAUAUUUCAUUUAUGGCAUGCAAGAUGCCCAGCAUCUGGAACGUGUGCGCCUGGAAUUUAAUGCUUUCAAUAUACCCAAAGUCGAGCACAAAGACAGGGGCGAAUCCAAUUGCACGGAUGGCUAUCUGAAAAUAUAUCUAAAGGGUCAGGAGACUGCCGAUGCUUAUGACAAAUUCGACUAUGAACUUUGCGGCAAUGAGACGCAGCGCGUCAUCAGUGAAGGACCACGACUGGCCAUGGUCUUUAGCUCUGGUGAGCUGCAGGGUCGUGGCUUUAAGGGUAAAUACACUUUCGAAACCGAAUAUAAGAUACCUGGCACAGCGGCACCCGAUGGCACAUGCAGUUUCACAUAUGUGAGCAAUUCCAAGAAACGCGGUGAACUCAACAGUCCGCGCUAUCCCUCCAACUAUCCCUCGGACACGAAUUGUUCCUAUCUCUUUCUGGCCGAGCCCAAUGAGCAGGUGACAAUUGUGUUUGAUCACUUCAAAAUCAAGGCGGAUAACAAUGCAAAUGCCACAGUUGGAGCAUAUGGGUCGGGAGCCUGCUUUGAGGAUUGGCUGGAAAUGUAUGUGGUCUAUCGUGAUAAUAAUGAUCGCCUGCUCGGCCGUUAUUGCGGGUUAACCGCCCCAGGACCGGUAGAGAGUCCACGUGGAGCAGUUGGCCUACGAAUCACCUUGCACACGGAUCAGGAGAGUGUGGCCAGUGGGUUUAAGGCGCGCUAUUUCUUCGAGUCAGCCAAAUCAGAUGCGGGCGACUGUGGCGGCAACUUUAGUAACGAGGACUCUGGCAUUAUCGCCUCACCCAAUUGGCCAACUGGCUACAAGGCUCCAGGGCGCGGCAUGGCCUCCAAUGCCUGUAAUUGGGUUAUGACAGCGAGACCUGGCUACAAAUUGUCCAUUAAUUUCGAACAAUUUGGUCUCGAAGGUGAUCCGCCAAAUCGCGGUUGCCCAGCUGCUGUAUUGCGGCUGUGGGUAAACGUUGACUCGGAUCAGCCGCCAUUGGAGCUGUGUGGCGAAAAGCCGGCCAUCGAGCAUUGGCAUUAUAUAUCGACGGGACAGACGGCACGAAUUAGUUUCACAACCAGCGACAAGACUGUGGGGGCACAGGGCUUCCGAGUUGUCUGGACAGAGAUACAGGACUCCGGUCCCGGCCCCCCAUCUAUUGGACUACUCUGCGAGUCCACCUAUCAUUAUCAGUGUGAAGUUGGCUAUUGCAUUUCGGACAAACUGCGCUGUGAUGGCGUCAAAAACUGUGGGCCCGGAGACGAUAGUGAUGAAUUGCACUGUACCGAGGAAGCGGCCGAGGAGGAUCACGACGUUCUAAUUAUAAUAACACUAGUCGUCGUCUCGUGCCUAAUCUGUCUCCUAUGCACACUCUGUCACUCCAGAAGAAAACGUAGAAAUCAUGCCAGGCAAUUGGGUUUACAUCGGAAUGCACACUACGAUUCGCAGACCAGCGCAACGGCUGGCCUCAGCUCUAGUCGUCGCCAUUUGCAGAGCGGUGGGGCAAGUAUCGCGGGAAGUUUGCAUGGCAUAAAUAGCGGAACACUGAUCAUACCACCUGCCCCGUUGCCGCCGACAAGUGUGCCGCCGCCGCCGCAUAUAUGCAUUAUGUCGAAUGGAGAUGAGGACGAGGACGAUGAUGAUGAGGAUCUGGAAUUGGAUGAAGAUCAGUUAGACGCGAACAUAUUCAUCAACGAUGUGCAUUUCGACGAGGAUAACAUCGAUCAUGUGAACCAAAUGGCAAACGUUUAACAAUGGUUUAGCAGAUUUAAGGCAUUUUUAAAGAAAAUUUCAGUUUUAAUCACAUCGCAUUUAGAUUAAGAGCGAAGCAAAGUGCUUCAGAUACACACACACAGACAAAGGCACACUCACACCCAACACACACACAAACAGGAUAAACAUGAACAACAAAAAUUCAAAAGUUAACAAUACCUAAAAGACAAGAAAUUAUGCAAAAGUGCGAAUUGAUUAAGAAAUAAAUAAACAAAAUAAAUGAUCAGA